GAAAUUUCUAAUCUAGGGUUUAGGUUAUGAACCCUAACAAGGAGGAUUCUGAAUCUAAAGUGGGAGAGUGAAGUUGAGAGGCUGAGAUCGAGCCUUUGAGGAGGGAAUCGCAACGAACUCCAAAAUGCCUAAGCAAAUUCAUGAGAUUAAAGAUUUCCUUCUCACUGCAAGGAGGAAGGAUGCACGCUCUGUGAAAAUCAAGAGGAGCAAAGAUGUGGUCAAGUUCAAGGUCCGUUGCUCCAAGUACCUAUACACACUAUGUGUGUUUGACUCUGAUAAGGCUGAUAAGUUGAAGCAAUCACUUCCUCCUGGUUUAAGUGUGCAGGACCUGUGAUUCUGACUGAAAGUAGGUGAAGAUCAAGUUUUGCUUUGGAGUUCAGAUUCAUAUUUAGUAAAUCGGCUUAGAGAUUGUUGUUCUUUUUGUUGCUUAUGAUUGGGAUUAUGUUUAUGGCGGAUUCAACUUGCUUCUGGGUUAUGUGGAGUUGAUUAAACCUCGUUAAUGUUACAUUAAAACAUUUCCAGUUGUUUCUUCGUUUUGGUUUUGAGCUGAACUAUUAUGCUGUUGCUAUAUACAGUUAUGAAGAGAAAUUAA